ACUGGUUGAUGUCGUCUACUGGUGGCUGCCUUCUAAGUGUAGCUUAUGUGGUCACUUGGGACAUAAAGCAUCUAGGUGUUUGGGUCUAGGUUUAGAGAAGACUGUUGUUUCAGCUUGGAAAAAUGGUACUCCUCCUUUGAAUGAGAAUAGCAUUGUCAAUGCUUCAACCAUGGCAUUAGAUACGGCUAUUGUUUCUAAUGGUGCAGCGAUAAUGAAAGGGUUUCACCAAACAGUUGUUGACUCAUCGGUUAAACCCCAUCAAGUUGUUGUAAAUCCUAACACCGAGUUUCUCUCCUCUUCAAACUCAAAAGAAGAAGCUGCCUUUGGCUUGAGAUCAGUAGCAAUUACUGAUGCAAGUAAGGAUGUGUUUGUCGUUCAUCAGCUAGUUGAGAAGGAGGUCUUGCAAAUUUCAGAUUCAACUACUGCCAUGCUUUCUUCAACCAUGAAAGUGAUGGCUACUCCCGCAAAAGUCUCUUCAAAUAUUACUACCUUUACUUCAGGGGUCAAAUCUAGUACUAAUACUUCUUUCCACAAAGCUUUUAGUUCAAAUAAAUUUGCGGUGUUGAAUUUAGCAUCGGAUGUGGUGCUGCCCGAAGAUUCAGACAUAGUUGAUUCUAACGAGUUUGAGGACUCAGAUGAGGAUCUCAUAAUGAAUCUAAAGUCACCAUUUUCAGAAAAACAUCUCCAAGACAGACCGUUGCAAUUGUCGAACGAGGCAAUAAUUAUUGGUCGUGGAGGAAGAGGAAGACGCAGUCGAGGAAAUCAUGGUCGACGAGGUAGGUUUGGCUAAACCCAAUUAGUCGAAAUUGGUUUCAAAACGUUUCUUUAUUUCCUUAGUUUUCAUGCUUUGGAAUUUUUUGUGUGCUUUGUUAUUUUCUUCCGCUUUGUUGAACUGUAUGAUCCCCAUUGUACCAUCUUGUAAUGGUUUUAUUUAUAAUAGAAUUAAAAAAAGUAA